AAAUGUCAAUCUGAGCAAGGGAGUCCCAAUAAUCUGAAGCAAUCUGUAAGGACCUGACCUUAGUCCAUCCAGAUCAAUAGGGAAGUGAGGGUGGAAAGAAGACGAAGAGGAGGAAGAAAUAAGGGGCGCAACCGGGAUCGUUUACAGUGGCUGUUCCCGAGGAAAUAUAGACUUCACGAGCCUGGCACCUUUUGUUGCUCACAUGUUCACACUGUAAAAGUGGAUACCGAGGCAAGUCCGUUGCUUUGCGAGGCUGCAGAAGACUCUUCCUCCCCGCUUCCUAUCAACAUGUCUUUCCCUCAGCUGGGAUAUCAGUACAUCCGACCGAUAUACCCGCCGGAGCGCCAAGGGAUCGCCGGCAGCGCCCGGGCCGGGACAGAGCUGAGUCCGUCAGGCGCACUUUCCAACGUCCUCUCCAGCAUGUACGGAUCUCCUUUCGCCGCAGCCGCGCAGGGCUACGGAGCCUUUCUACCUUACUCCAACGAUAUAUCAAUUUUCAAUCAAUUGGGCGCCCAGUAUGAUCUGAAAGACGGCCACGGUGUCCAGCACCCAGGGUUCGCCCCCCCUCACCCUGCUUUUUACCCAUAUGGCCAGUAUCAGUUCGGUGACCCGUCCAGACCCAAAAACGCCACCAGGGAGAGCACCAGCACUCUGAAGGCCUGGCUCAGCGAGCACCGCAAGAACCCUUACCCAACCAAGGGCGAGAAGAUCAUGCUGGCCAUUAUCACCAAGAUGACCCUCACCCAGGUGUCCACCUGGUUCGCCAACGCCAGGAGGCGGCUAAAGAAGGAGAACAAGAUGACAUGGACCCCCCGGAACCGCACCGAUGAAGAAGGGAAUGUUUACACCAGCGACCAUGAGGGGGAGGAGGGGGACAAGAGGGAGGAUGAGGAGGAGAUUGACCUGGAGAACAUCGACACGGAAAAUAUUGAGAGCAAGGACGACUUAGACGACCAGGACGACCUUCACUCGGACAUAAAACUAGACGGGAGGAGUGACUCUGAGAUUUCGGACGGUUAUGAGGAUUUACAAGGGCCGGAGCAGAGGUUUCUGAAGGCAGUGGGGAAGGAGGCCAAGGAGGCGCAGAGAGGUGGAGAGCUCUUCCACGGCCACCAUCACCACCACCCAUCUUUGGACAUCAAGGCAUCCCAACCAAACGCAGAACAGCUCAAACUCAACCAGGUGUCCGUCAGCUCUCCACCUUCAGAGAACAACCCUGCCCCGGCCCAGAAACCAAAGAUCUGGUCCCUGGCAGAGACGGCGACGGCCCCCGACAAUCCGCGCAAGUCGCCGCAGGUGAACGGCAGCGGCUCAGCAGCGACGGGAGGAGGGACGGCCACCCAGGCCAUCCUCGGCCCGCACAGACUAAUCUCUUCCUGUCCCGUUGGGAAAAUCCAGAACUGGACGAACCGAGCGUUCUCGGCGCACCAGCUGGCUUUACUGAACUCCAAUCAUUAUCUGGGACUGGCGAACCAGGCCACCGCCACCAGCCUGGCACUGUACAGCAGCAGGCAAACGGAGGACAAGAGUCAUAGUUCAGAGACUCCAGUCACAGGUACAUGUCCCCGGCACUGAGACCCGCAUGUAGAGAGAAAAAAAACUAAACUCCAGAGACACUAUAGGCCAUUUCCUGUCAUUCAUUUCUUUAAUUUUAGAUCUCCCUUUGCCUUUUUCUCUCUCUGUCCAGGCCACACAGAUGAUCAGUGUUAAAGUGUUACAGCUAGGAGCAGACAGUGUUUGUAUGUGUGUGUAUGAAAGAUAAAUUGUUGUGGAAAAAGCCCUUUACAAUUUUAUUUAAAAAAAGGAAACGAAAGCAUUUAAGAAAAAAUAAUAAAUAUUAAAUUUGUUUUAAAAACAUUUCCAAAAUUCGUCAUUACAUCGAUUCACGUGUACAAUAGGGGUUUUUUGUUGUUGUUGUUCUGUCAAGGCGAAUAAUUUUCUAACAAAAGUCAAUGUGGGUUGUGAUAACAGGCAGUAAAAUUAGCGCAAUUUCAUGUUAAUUUUCUGUCCCGCAGUUGAAGAUCUAGUGCCUUUGGAUGCAAAGAAAACGGCAGAUCAAACAGACAGAAGGCUGUCUGGUUUUGACAGUUUAAAUUUUUUUUAAUUUUGAUGCCAUCUCAUUCUUUUCUUUUGUACUGCUUCUAUUGUUUGUAAUGCCAUAUUUAUCCAAAUGAGCUUUGAUUCUGAAAUUUUCAUUCAUCCCCGUGUGUAUAUGAGAGAGAGAGAGUGUGCGUGCGUGUGUGUGUGUGUGUGGGUGUGUGUGUGUGUGUGUGUGUGUGUGCACCGCCUGUGUUAUUCCGUUAAGGCCUCUCUUUACACUCACUUGUUUUGGUCAUGCAAAUGAGCUCAAUGCAAAUUCAUUUCAAGCUCCGUUUUUUUUUUCUUUCAUUUUUUUUGAAAGACAAUUGUCUUUUAUAUCACUUUAUGUUUUAACUCUUCACAGGCCGUCAUUACUGUUUAUUUUCUCCUCCCCUGCACUGCAUUUUUUAUUUAGCUUUUACCCCUGUGUAUUUCAUUUUUGAGGCUUCAGUACCGACUUAAAACAGCAAUGGUUCCCCGCUCUCUUCUCCCUUUCCUUCUUCUCCUCAUCUUUUAAUUUGAAAUCGAGUAUGGAAUGUAAAAUAAGAAUAAAAGAUCUCUGUAUAGCCUACUUACAUUGUAAGCAUGUCCCGUGUAAAACUGCUAAUGUAAUAAUGUAUGAACCUGUAGUCUGUGAGCUUCCCCCUCCCCCUUUUCCUUUUUGUAAGUUCUGUGAGGAUUUGAUGUUAUAAUUUUUUGUAUAUAAAGUUAAGAAUAUGUACAUACUUGUGAACCAAAUUGUACAAGAAAGUCUAUAUUUUUGGCUAAUAAAUGAACUGCUGCAACUUAAA